CGAAUGGUGGACGUUUUGAUUGUACGUGGUUCAUUAACAAAGCGAGUGUUGUUGUAUAUAAUGGCCCAUUGUAUGGAACAAUAGGAUGGUCUGAAUAACCUCUACCAUAGUGAUCAUACAUCAACACUCUGAAACCAGCAUUAGCGAGACUUGUCCCAAGUUCGCGCCAAACGAGACAUGGACUGCUAAAUCCAUGCACGAGAACGAUCUCACCCUCUUCUGGUCCGAGAAGGUAAUACUUCACGCGUCCAUUCGGUAAACGGACAUCUGAACCACCUUCGAAUGCAUCAGGUGGGUAUACCUCAUUAACCCCCUUUCCUAAUUCACUAUCAGGGUCUAAAGAACCCAAGCCGCGUUCAACUUGAACGCUGAAACCAUUUGUAUGCUUUGUUGGCUUCGUGUUGGCGAAAAUAGAUGAGAAAGUUCUGUAUAAUUGAAAAGUAGCUAAUAGAGAAGCUGCACCUAAUGCUAGAUGCUUAUUUUCUAAAGUAAUAGUCAUUCCUGAAUGCUUGAAUACUGACAAUGAUGACGGUGGAGGAAGUAAACGGGGAUAAUAACUUGGAAAAUAACAAAGAAAGUACAUCCAAUAAAGUACAUCCUAUAUACCACGAUAGUUCACAACAUCGUCAUUGGAGAUAUACGCCUACAGAGUUAGCAGAUAAACGGCGGAUAGCAAAUGAGAAAGCUAUCGCAUUAACACGUACCGGAUGGGAUAAAGAGAAGGAACUAAACCCUAACUCAGAAAUGAGCACUUCAAUUACACCCCCUUCUGUAGAAGAAGAAAAUGAUCUUAUCGUUUAUUAUCUCAGUCAAGUUAAACCGAUUUGCAAUCUAUUUCAAUUCCCUGAAAUCGUAGAAGCCACUGCUGUUAGCUACAUCAAGAGGUUUUACUUGUUUAAUAGCGUGAUUGAUUUACAUCCAAAGAGAGUCAUGCUUACCAGUUUAUUCCUUAGUACAAAAACAGUGAAUACACCAAUCAGCAUUAGUGACUUCGCUCAUUACAUCGGUAAAGGAAAGAUAAGCAAGGAGAGUAUACUCGAUAUUGAAUUCCUGAUAUCUCAAAAUCUACGGUUUGAGUAUGCAACCCACCCUGCUCAUAGAGCCGUUUGGGGGAUUUACUUGGAUAUGCAAACCAUGCCGAGUAGACAGAAUCAACAAGUUCUAGAUGGUAUUUUUGCAGAAGCGAGACAAACAGCGAGAUUGUCUAGAUUGACGAAUGCAGAAUUUAUAUAUACACCCUCACAGAUAGCUUUAGGGUGUUAUGUCAUGGUUAAUAAAACUCUCGUAGAAGAAUACAUUGAGUGGAAGAAGCAGGAAUUCCACGCUGAAGCGCCUUCUUUCGAUGCUAUAGACGGUGUGGUCGCGCUAAUAAACAUACAAAAAAGUAAAGGUGGUCUCAAGAAGGAGACGGUCCAGGAUAUCGACAAGCGACUAAAACUCUGGCAAGAUCCAAGUAAAGUCGAGGGUACAGCGAUGUAUAAACGCAAACAGGAGGAAGCAGAUAAGGAAGACCUAGAAAAACGCAACAAGAGACAACUUGAAGCUGAGAAGAGCAAGUACGAAAGUGAGAGUGUAUUUGGAGAACCACUGGAGACGCUUAAGAGGAGCAGAACUGAUGAUGGUGAAGAGAAUGAAUAAGUUAUUAUAUAUGAUGC